AUGUAUGAGUAUGGCACUAAUGUUGCCAUUAUGCGUAGCUGGCAAAGUCGAAGGCAGCCAUGGAUGGAAUCUGAAAUGGUUCGGGCCCUGGUUGUGGAUGCGGUGCCUGAGAAGAGGAGGUUCUUUUCAUGGUCUCAACUAGAAAAAAACACAAUAAACUUUCCACCUUUGAUGUCCCACUAUUCUGCUAGUUUACAAACUCAGGGGAAGGACAUGGGUCACUACGUCAGAAAAGCGAUAACUCAAAAUUCUCCUCAAGUAGGAUUUGAAUCUACGACCAAUCGGUUAACAGCCGACCGCUCUACCACUGAGCUACUGAGUAACAAUGGACUUAAGUUAAGGAAGCCGACUCUCGUUCUUUGGACACCAACCUAUGGUCGAGCAAAAAAGGGUUUGUCACUCUUUUCGACAUACACCAGGAGAAAAGGUUACGAUAGCAAGCCACUCCGGGCAGCGACAAAUCUAGAGGCUACUGAGGGUGCAGGCACGGGAAGCUCAUCAAUUCCAGCAAAUGCAAGUUUACUUGGAUGGGCUAUGAGUUCCUUUACCCUGAAGGGCAAACCUUUUGAUCAUGCUCCAGUUGCUUCUGUGAGUUCUAGUGCCCUUACACCAACAUCUUCUAAUGCCAGCUUAGUUGUAGAUACUCCUUCAACAGCACCUAUCUGUGUAAAUUCCACACCAGAUUUCAGUGAGCACCAUGCUUCUACAUCGACAGAUGACUGGGGGGAACUAGAGAAUGGAAUUGACGAGGAGCCUGAAAACGACAAGGGUGCGUGGGAAGAUCUAGAACCACUUGAAGAGACAAAGCCAACUCCAGCUCUUACUAACAUUCAAGCAGCUCAAAGGCCGCCAGUUUCUCAACCUGUUUCACAGACAAUCGGUACAAGUUUGCGACCCAAAACUACACCAAAGAUGUGCAAGGAUGAAGAUGAUGAUUUGUGCGGUGCUAGCGCAGCUCCUGCUCCAAAAACAUCAAAACCUUUAAAUUUGAAAUCAACUGCAGCUGAUGCUGCUGCUGCCCAGGAUACCACUGCAGCUCCUGCACCCACUACAAGGGCCAAACCCUUGUUAGCUGGCAGAUGUCGGGGAGCCAAACCUGCUGCUCCAAAAUUAGGUGCUCAGAGGAUAAUCCGAACACCAUCCGGGGUGUAAACCAAAUUGCCACUUGCCAGGGCACAAAAGAAACGAGGAAAUGUUGCGUUUGUAGGUUCCUUUUUUCUUGUGGUGGGUGGUAACCAUGUUUAAAUACAGGAACCCAUCUAGUAUAUCAAAUUACUUUUGUGCUUUCUAUUAGCAUAAUUGAUUUGAAAUUUCUUUUUAACGUCAUUUUUGUGUAGAAGAAAAUCUCAAGUACAUCAACAGUUUAAUGUUGUUACUAUCCGAGUGAUCAACUUGGUCGACUUUUCCUUUUAGAUGAUUGUUAACCCGAGUUCAUGGGAUACUUUAGAACGCUUUCAAAGGUUUAAAUACUCCUAAACUACAGCUAAAAUAAGGAUUAAUGUGAAGGCUGAAUUCUCAAACA